AACAUAAACAGAUGGAUUUCCUGAAUCUCAUUCUGAUCAUAAUACCAACAAUCCUACUGCUAUUCCUCAUCGUUAUAUCAUAUCUUCUAAUAAAAGUCUUCAUCGGAAAAUCAAUCAGAAAUCCUAAAUACCCUCCUGUAAUCGGUACAGUAUUCCAUCAACUCCUUUACUUCAAGAAUCUAUAUGAUCGUCAAACAGAGGAUGCCCGGAAGUAUGCUACUUUCAGACUGUUAUCUCCUGGCGAGAGUGAAUUAUACACAAUCGAUCCAAGAAACGUCCAACACAUACUCAAAACCAACUUCGCUAAUUACUCCAAAGGCCAGUACAAUCAAGUGAUAACCAAGGAUUUAUUUGGAGAAGGUAUCUUUGCAGUUGAUGGAGAUAAGUGGCGCCAACAGAGGAAGCUUGCCAGCUUUGAAUUCUCCACCAGAGUUCUUCGAGAUUUCAGCUGCGAGGUUUUCAGAAGAAAUGGUUCUAAACUGGUUGCAAUUCUUGAUCGGCUCUCUGUGGAAAACAAGCUAUUUGAUAUGCAGGAUCUGCUGAUGAGAAGCACAUUGGAUUCGAUAUUUAAAGUGGGAUUUGGUGUAGAGUUGAAUUGUAUGGAGGGAACAAGCAAAGAAGGGAGUACAUUCAUGAAAGCGUUUGAUGAUGUUAAUGAAUUAACUUAUUGGCGUUAUGUUGAUCCAUUUUGGAAGCUUAAAAGGUUCUUCAACAUUUCCUCAGAAGCAUCCCUCAAGAGAAAUGUCAAAGUCAUCAAUGAUUUUGUGAACAAUCUCAUCACUACAAAGAGGAAACAUCAACAAAAUGAUAAUCUAGCAGUUAAAGAGGAUAUACUAUCAAGAUUUCUGGAUGCUGGCAAGAAGGAACCUGAAGAGAUGAAUGAUCGAUACUUAAGAGACAUAAUUCUCAACUUCAUGAUUGCUGGCAAGGAUACAUCAGCAAAUACUCUGUCAUGGUUCUUCUACCUGUUAUGCAAGAAUCCACAAAUACAAGACAAAAUCGAAAAAGAGAUCAAAGAAAUAGUCGGUUGGGAAGGCAAAGUAGAUGAAUUUAUGGAACGGGUAACAGAAGAAGCGCUUCAGAAAACACAUUACCUUCACGCGACACUAACCGAGACACUGAGGCUUUACCCUGCUGUUCCUGUGGAUGGGAGGUGUGCUGACAAUGAUGAUAUUCUUCCUGAUGGAUAUGAAGUGAGAAAAGGUGAUGGAGUUUACUACAUGGCUUAUGCAAUGGGCAGGAUGGAAAGCAUUUGGGGAGAAGAUGCCACAGAGUUUAGACCCGAGAGAUGGAUUCGAGAUGGUGUUUUUCAACCCGAAUCACCGUUCAAGUUCAUCGCUUUUCAUGCGGGUCCAAGGAUCUGUUUAGGGAAGGAUUUUGCGUAUAGGCAGAUGAAAAUAGUUUCUAUGCCUCUCAUUCGGUUUUUCAAGUUUAAGUUGGCAGACGAAGAGAAGAAGGUGACUUAUAAAACUAUGUUUACACUUCAUAUUGACGGUGGUCUUCCCCUUUAUGCCACUUCGAGAGACAUGUCUACAUAAAUACUCUUUUACCAUUUUCGAUAUGUUCAUACUAUAUUACUACGUUGUGUGUGUAUAUAUAGUAGAGUGUACACGUGAAUGACAACAAAGUAUAAAAGUGUCUGUAUUUUUAUUGUA